AAAAAAAUGAUAAUAAUAAAAGUAUUCUUACUUAUUGGGACUUUCUCAUUGUCGCAAUCAAAAAACCGCUUUAUGCCAAACUUGCCUUUUGGAGAAUAUCGUGUUGUUUUUGAAAAAAUGUAUCCAUGUGAACCAAAUGGAAACCAUCCAUUUCAAUUUAAUAUUUAUUUUGAUAAAAAGACAUUUAAUGAAACCGAGGUGAAAGGAAAUGUAACAGUUAUGAGGCCUUUUGACGAUAAUUUUACAUUUGAUUUAAACUGGUCAUCUUGGGGUUCAACUGGUGGUUGGAUACCAAAUUCCAAUAUAUACAUAACAAAAAAGGCAUGCAGUACUCUGAAAAAUCUGAACGGAAAUUUAUGGUUUUUGGCUAUCAAAGCUUUGAACAUUAAGUCUCCUAACUGUCCAAUACCAGUGGGCACAUAUGUUUCAUCAGGGCUUGACUUGAAGAUUCUUGAAAACCAUAAUUUUCCCAAAAUAUAUUUUUAUGGAAAAUAUAAAAUGAUAUUUAAGGUGAAAAAUGAAGAAAAUAAGAUAUAUGGCUGCGAGUGUUUGGAGAUUCAGCUCAUACGACCAUGGGAAACACCAAUUUGAUUAAACUAUACAAUAAAAUAUGUUAGUUAUUCAGUAUUUCUGCAAAAAAAAAAGUAAAUAAAUCAUCUCU